AUGACAAGUGAAGAAGAAAAAACGAAAGAAUUGAAUGAUAAGGAAUUGAUGGAAAAUGAUGAUAAUGAGAAGACAACAGUACCUGAGAUAAUAUAUGCACGUGGUGGAAAGGAGGAUUUCGUGAGUUUAAUUAAUGCCAGUAAUGAAACCGAUGGUUGGAUACGAAAAUAUCGCGACUAUGAUUGUUAUAGAAAAAUGUUGGGUCCUACAAAAUUACAUGAUGUUGCUGCAAGGACAAAAAUUGGUGAUUAUGUUGGAUCAUGUAUAUGUCUGGAAUUUGAUAAUUAUGCAUUUGUGUCUUUAUACUACAUACGCCCUGAAUAUCGAAAACGAGGCGUAGGAACUGAAUUGUUCAAACGUGUUGUUAAUGAUAAUGUGCGAAAGAAAAACAUUGGACUAAAUGCUGUGCAGAUUAUGUCGCCGAUAUACGAUAAAAAACUUGGUUUCAACAAACGGGCACCUUGGAUGAUAGAUAAAAUGAAAGUGAAAAAUAUUGAUAAACAAAAAAUUAUUGUUGAUGAUAUUCAUUUAAUCGUGAAAGACAGCAAAGAAAUAAGCCUAAAGCGAAUUGUUGAUUAUGAUGCUAAAGUUGCAAAGUGUCGACGUGAAGAUUUCGUUAGGCAGUGGGCUGUAGACCGCAUUGAUGCCAUCUGUAAGAUACUGGUGAAUCAAAAAGAUGAAAUUGUUGGUUAUGGUUGUGGUCGUUUAUUAUCAAUCGUUGGUUAUCCUAGCUUUGGACCUAUAUACUGUGAUUCGGAUGAUGGAUUCAAACUUCUUUUUCAUGUCUUACAUUCGUGUUUCGAUGAAGAACUCAAGGAGCAUAAUCAGAUCAAUUUAUUUAUGCCAACGACGAAGUCAGGUACAGUACAACAAAUCCUUCAAGGCGCUGCUGAUUUUGAUUUGAAAGAUCAGCUUAUUCCUCAAUUCACCCAAAAAAUACCAGAUGUCGAUAUCGACAAAGUUUACUGCAUUGCUGAUGUGACGAUGUUUAUUUAA